UGGUAUAAAAGGAAGGGGUUAAACCAGGGAGGAAGGCAGUUCAGGAGCAACAGCACAUCUGCAUCCAACAUGAGCAACACCAGCAUGAACAUGAGGGGCAAGAUCAUCUUCUACGAGGACAGGAAUUUCCAGGGUCGUUCCUAUGAGUGCAUGAACGACUGUUCUGACAUGACUUCCUACCUGAGCAGGUGCCACUCCUGCAGGGUGGAGGGCGGCUGCUUCAUGGUCUAUGACCGUCCCAACUACAUGGGAAACCAGUGGUUCAUGAAGAGGGGCGAGUACGCUGACUACAUGAGCAUGAUGGGAUGGAGUGGUGGCAUCAGGUCUUGCCGUAUGAUCCCCAUGCACAGAGGCCAGUUCAGGAUGAAGAUCUACGAGAGGGAGAACUUCGGUGGUCAGAGUUACGAGAUGAUGGACGACUGUGACAACAUCAUGGACCGUUACCGUAUGGCUGACUGCCAGUCCUGCCACGUGAUGGACGGCCACUGGCUGAUGUACGAGCAGCCCCACUACAGAGGCAGGAUGAUGUACAUGAGGCCCGGAGAGUACAGGAACUUCAGGGACAUGGGCAUGAGCGGCAUGAGGUGGAUGAGCAUGAGGCGCAUCAUGGACUCUUGCUAA